GUAAAAAAAAAGUUGGUACCAAUAUGGUCGCAUACAACGUUCCUACCGCCAACGAUGUUCUCGUUCCCGAGACUCUCUUGAAGAAGCAGAAGAGCGAAGCCAAGUCGGCCGCUGACUGUGCCGCCAAGAAGGCCGAGCUCCGCAAGGCUAAGCUCGCCAAGAGACGCGACAUCUUCAAGCGUGCUGCCAAGUACCACGCCGAGUACAAGUCUGCCGAAAAGAACGAGAUCCGUCUCCGUCGUCAGGCCAAGGCUAACGGCAACUACUAUGUUCCCGCUCAGUCCAAGUUGGUGUUCGUUGUCCGUAUCCGUGGUAUCAACAACAUUGCUCCCAAGCCCCGCAAGGUUCUCCAGUUGUUGCGUCUUUUGCAGAUCAACAACGGUGUCUUUGUCCGCUUGAACAAGGCUACCGCCCAGAUGCUCCAGUUGGUCGAACCUUAUGUCACCUACGGUACUCCCAACUUGAAGACCAUCCGUGAACUCAUCUACAAGCGCGGUUACGCCAAGCUCAACAAGCAGCGUGUUCCCAUUUACGACAACGCCGUCAUUGAACAGGCUCUUGGCAAGUACAACAUCAUCUGUGUUGAGGACUUGAUCCACGAAAUUGCCACCGUUGGUCCUCACUUCAAGGAGGCCAGCAACUUCCUGUGGCCCUUCAAGUUGUCCAACCCCAACAACAUGUGGCGUCCUCGCAAGUUCCGUCACUUUGUUGAAGGUGGUGACUCUGGUGACCGUGAGGAAUUCAUCAACCAGUUGGUUCAAUCCAUGAACUAAAAAAAUAUAGCAGUCUUUUUGGAAGCCAAAUAUUUCAAAUAAAGGUUCCUAUGUUAUUUUGAAACCUCAUAUUCAAAAGCUAUAGUAUGAACACUGUACGGUACGGUCGGUACAGUAUAAUAAGCCAUUCAUAUUCGAUCGAUAUUAAGAUGAGUUUUUUUCUUUUCUUUAUACAGUUCAGAGGGGGGGGUGGGGGUGGAGAC